AUGGCAAAAGGUUCCAACCAUGUUGUUCUUGUUCCUCUUCCAGCACAAGGCCAUCUCCUGCCAAUCCUCUACCUCGCCAGGAAGCUCGCAGCGCAUGGAUUUGCGGUAACCAUCGUCAACAUCGACAGCGUCCACGAGAGUGUGAAGCAAAACUGGAGGAACGUUCCACAGCAAGACAUCCGCCUGGAAUCGAUCCAGAUGGAGCUCAAGGUCCCCAAAGGCUUCGACGCCGGCAACAUGGACGCAGUGGCUGCAUUUGUGGAUUCGCUCCAGGCCCUGGAAGAACCACUGGCGGAUCUCCUCGCCAAACUCAGUGCUGCUCGAGCCGCGUCGUGUGUCAUCUCGGAUUUCUAUCACCCCUCGGCACCGCACGCCGCGUCCAAGGCCGGAAUUCCCUCCGUGUGCUUCUGGCCUGGGAUGGCGUCGUGGGCUUCGAUCCAAUACAGCCAGCCUUCGAUGAUCGCUGCUGGUUAUAUUCCAGUCGAUGGUAAAGUUGGUUCUUUUUUCUGGAGUUUCUUCUUAUCGGAUUUUUUCUCUAAACUGCCAGAGUCGAAUGCUAGCGAGAUUGUCGAUCUUCCCGGCUUGAAACCGAUGCGAGCGGACGAUCUCCCGUUCUAUCUCCGCAAGGACUUCUACCACAAGCUGGGGAGGGAUAGAUUUCUUCGCCAGCUCGAACGAGCGGCCAAGGAUACGUGGGUCUUGGCAAACUCAUUCUACGAGCUGGAACCGCAAGCUUUCGAUGCCAUGCAGCACGUCGUUCCAGGAAAGUUUGUCCCGGUCGGGCCCCUCUUCCCACUCCGAGAUCGCGAGGCGAGUGGGAUGGAGGCGAGCUUGCGGCCGGAAGAUCACAGCUCCAUCGGCUGGCUCGAUCGCAAACCUCUCAAAUCGGUGCUCUACGUCGCGUUUGGGAGCAUCACGGUGCUGAGGCCCGGGGAAUUCGAGGAGCUGGCACGGGGGCUGGAAGAGAGCGGGCAUCCCUUCCUCUUCUCUGUUCCUCGUGAGAUGGUGCCGGAGGUGGGGGACGAUCGCGUGGGCGAAUUCGCGGAGAGGGCGGCUCGAUCGGGCGCCGGGAUGGUGGUGCGGUGGGCGCCGCAGCUGGCGGUGCUCCAGCACCCAUCGGUGGGCGGAUUCCUGAGCCACUGCGGGUGGAAUUCCAUCCUGGAGAGUGUGAGCAGCGGCGUGCCGGUGCUGGGGUGGCCGAUCGCGUCGGAGCAAAACACCAAUUGCAAGCUCGCGCUCCAGGAGCGGGGGGUCGGGAUGGAGCUGGCGGACAGAUCGAGCGGCGGCGUGGCGAGCGCGGUCCGGGAAUUGAUGGCGAGCGAGGAGCUGAGGAGGAAUGUGGCGGAGAUUGGGAGGAACGCCCGGGCGGCCGCGGCCGCUGGCGGAUCAUCGCACAGGAACCUCCAUGAUUUCUUCCAUUCCUGCCAAGAUCGAGAGAUUCUACUGCAAAUCAAGCAACAAUCCCUAAUCUAG